AUAAUAAAGAACUGGACAUUACUGUUUUUUUUUUGUGUCCCAAUGAGAGACGUGGGAGGACAUUAUAAUAAACAACGAGUCUGAUUUAACCAAAACGUUUGAAUUUAAGGACUGCGGAACGGGCUCCACUGCUCCACACGGAAGCGGUAGCGUUGGAGACGGAAAUCAAAUCUGUAAACAAACGUAACGUUUGCUAGCUAACAGGUUUAGUUAGUAACUUAGACGUAAACACGUGCAGAACGACUGAGGACCAAGCCCAAAGAAGAUGUUUAAAAACACGUUUCAAAGCGGAUUCUUGUCUAUUUUAUACAGUAUCGGCAGCAAACCGCUCCAGAUAUGGGAUAAAAAGGUUCGGAAUGGUCACAUCAAGAGAAUCACAGACAAUGACAUCCACUCAAUGGUGUUGGAGGUUGAGGGGACAAAUGUCAGUACAACAUAUAUAACGUGUCCCGCAGACCCAAAGAAGACCCUGGGCAUCAAGCUUCCUUUUCUCGUUAUGAUCAUCAAAAAUCUCAAGAAGUAUUUCACCUUUGAAGUUCAGGUGCUAGAUGAUAAAAAUGUUCGCCGGCGGUUUCGGGCAAGUAACUAUCAAAGCACGACACGAGUGAAGCCGUUCAUAUGCACCAUGCCCAUGAGGCUGGAUGACGGCUGGAACCAGAUUCAGUUCAACCUGUCGGACUUCACCAGGAGGGCCUACGGGACCAAUUAUAUUGAGACGCUGCGUGUCCAGAUCCAUGCAAACUGUCGAAUAAGGAGAGUGUAUUUCUCAGACAGACUGUACUCAGAGGACGAGCUCCCAGCAGAGUUUAAACUCUACCUUCCUGUCCAGAACCAGAAAGCAAAGCAGUAGAGAUUCUCACCCUGCACUGUUCUCCAGACCUGAUGUGGAGUUUGUCUGUAAGAUGUUCUGUGUGUAGACAUACGAUAAACAUUAAAACUUUGUAAUAUUGA